AUGAAGGUUUCGCUUUUCCUUCCUGCUUUCUUCCUCCCACUCCUCGCACUUUGUCGCGUCCAUAGUGUAGCGUCGUUAGACUUCUUCUAUGACACCAUAAACACGGAUUCCUACACUGUAGUGAAGUACUUUACAACAUGGUGCUCACACUGUAAAAGGCUCGGACCUGUCUUUUCACAACUGAGUGAGGCGUUUGAGGACCGCAAAGACAUCAAUGCCACAUUUCUGGAAGUUGACUGUGACCUCUUUGGAUCCACUUUGUGCGAUCACCUUCCUGGGUAUCCGGCAGUCGAGGUGAUAAAACCUAUUACCGAGCAGGAAAGGUUGGACUCAAACAGUGCACAGAAAAACACUGAAAAGCUGUCUUGGUGGUCCAAACUGAUCAAGACCAUUAAGCAGGGUGGCUAUAACCCGGCAUGGCACAUGGACAAGUCCAGAGCAGUUGAGUUCAAUGGCAGUCGCGACCUGCCACGUCUCAAGAACUUUGUAGAUAUGGUGGUAGAGAGCACAGAGCAAGACAAAGUGCUCGAGGCCGUCCUCAGCGAAGCAACUUGCGAAGAUGACCGUUGCGAGUCUUUGCGCAAAUAUUUAAGCAAGGUCCAUUCCACUGAUAGAGAAGCCCAAAAACUGGAGAGCAUACUGAGAAACAACCCAGACGAAGAGCUCGCAGAAAUUAAGCUCAAGCUCAAGCUUCUACACAAGCUCCAAGAGAAGAACUCGGAACACGACGAGCUCUAG